CGCCCCACCUGACAGUAAGGUCGAUUUUACGAAUACUGUUGUGUGAAACGUCACCCUUAUGGUAAUAACGCGUAGUCCUUGAACGGGCAGAGUUCACCAAAUUUAACCACCAGCGUUAUCUUAGUCACAAAUGGCUGCAAUGGCGCCAAAUAUUGGUGGUUACAAAUGUGACUUCUGUGCAUUUAGUCCAUACGACGAGCAGAGUAAACGUGCCGCUGUGUAUUUUAAUUGUUUUUAAAUGGAUUAUUACACUUUAAGGCCUUCAAGAUGUCUAGAAAAAUUUUGGACCUUGACAAAAUGCCCUACGAAGAAUACGAAGCCAUUCUAUGGGCGAUUGAUGAAGAACAAGCUGAGAAUUCCGAUGUUGGGGGCGAUUCUGAUCCAGAGGAUCUCCUUCCUCUUAGUGUGUUGCCAUCAUCACAAAGAACGCGGAAAUCUGUGAUUAACUUACCAGAGUCUCCACAUGUUUCUCAGUCAUCUACAGUUCCGCCACCGCCUAUUAGAACUUUGUCUGCUGAUGAAGAUGAUAUCCCGUUUUUGCAUCAAGAAGCCGAACACUGUUUCGACUUACUACAAAAUCCCUCCAGAGAUAUUCCAAUGGAUGAUUCUCCCAUACCUAUAUCUCCAAUACCUUCGCCUGCUCCGUCAUCAGUUCCUGUGGAGUGCGGUCAGCCUAGACGAAGCCGUGGCGUCCGAACUAGAGGUCCAAGGGUACGAGGGAGAGUUCGUACUACCAUUAGGGGGCAGCAGCGUUCAAGCUCGAGUAGACGAGGAGGUCACAGCGUUCGAGGUCAACAAGUAAAUCAAUCUGAUCCGUAUAAAUUUCGUAAAAUAUUUCGAGAACCACCCGAGCAUAAAAAUCAUAAAUUUGGCACUUACAGGGGUAUUAAUGUAGAGAUCGAUUUAUCUUCACCAUUAAAAAUUUUUAUGUUAUUUUUUACGAAUCAGAUGUUUCAGCAUAUAGUAGAUCAAAGCAACCUGUACUCUGGAAACAAAUUGAACCUUUAUGUAAAGGAACUUCACGCAUUUUUCGGUAUAUUAAUUAUUAUGGGCUUCAACGUUCUUCCUUCUGUACGUCACUACUGGUCUACUGAUCAAAACUUUUUUUGUGCUCGCAUAUCAGGCUUGAUGACUGUCAAAAGAUUUCUAAAGAUCCUCCGAUACUUACAUCUGAAUGACAACUCUACCAUGAAAAUCCGCGGCGAUCCUGAGUAUGACAGACUCCACAAAGUUCGGCCCCUAUUGAACAUGCUCUCUGAAAAUUUCAAAAAAGUCUUUAGCCCAUCUCGGUUUCUUAGUGUUGAUGAAAGCAUGAUACCCUUCAAGGGUCGCUCAAUGCUAAAGCAAUAUAUGCCAUUAAAACCGAUCAAGCGCGGCUUCAAAGUCUGGGUCUUAUGCUGUGCUGUAACCGGAUACAUGUGUUGCAUGGAAAUCUACGAGGGCAAAAAAGAUAAACCAUCAUCAGAGGUUGGGUUGGGCGAAGAAGUGGUUAUGAAACUGACGCAGACUUUUGUAGGUCUGGGAUUUUGCGUUUAUUUUGAUCGAUUUUUUAAUUCGCUGUGCCUGUUGACGAAACUUUUGUCCAAACAAAUCUUCGCUUGCGGAACAUUACUGGCAACAAGAAAAUACUUUCCCAAGGAACGAUUGCGCGACGACAAAGAUCUUGCUACAGGUGACUUUGAUAGUGUGAUGGAUGGCUCCGUUUCUAUAACAAAAUGGAAAGAUAGAGGAAAGAAAUGCGUCUUGAUGGCAUCAAAUAUGCAUAAUCCUGCUGCUAUUACAUCCGUUUUGCGAACUAAUCGAGAAGGAAGAAAAGAACAAGUGAAAUGCCCCAAAUCAAUAGCUGAUUACAAUAUAUACAUGGGAGGUGUCGAUCGUUUCGAUCAAUUAAUGGCAUCUUACACCGUAUCAUGGAAAAGUCGUCGUUGGUGGCUAAAAAUAUUUUAUUAUUUGCUUGACUGUGCUGUUGUGAACUCCUAUAUUGUUUACCGGGAGGUAGCUAAAGACGUUCUUCCUCAUGCUAAAAGGCUUUCUCAUUUGUCUUUUCGAAGUAAGUUAGCUGAUGAGCUGAUAUCUGACUACAUGAGUAGAAAACGACAAUCUGGAAUUACAAACAAACCCAAGUUUGUUGCUGAUCAACCUCAUUUCCCCGAGAGAACAACUUGUAAACGCUGUGGAUACUGCAGUACAAAAGAAAAACCGGUCCGUAGUAGAAUAGGAUGCAAUAUUUGUGAGGUGUCCCUUUGUUUAGGAUGUUUCAAAGAUUUUCAUUUGAAUGGUUGUAAGAAGAUGUGCCAUCAAUAAGAAUUUUAUUUAAAUUUAUAAACUACAUUUUGAAGGGCUUGGUCCCCAGAUGAUUGAUGAUUAUGUACGCAGGAUUAUUUUUUAUUUAAUAAGUACAUUUUGAUAAGUUUACUCUGUUUGUUCUUCUUUAGACUGAUUACUUUGAAACUAUGUCUGUUAAUUACUGUGUAAGACUGUUAAUUAUCUAAUAAUAAAGAAUUUAUGUAAUUUAGUUUAGAUCUCAAGAAUGCUGUCUAAGACUGAUUGUUAUUGUAG